AUGAAAGAUCAUGCACAUGGUGACAAAGAAGUUGUACAAGAAACACCAAAGAAAAGAACUCAAGUGAAAGCUAUAGUGAAUAGAGAAAGAAUUCAAAAGGUUGAUGGAAAAUUGGAUAACCACAUUGCUAUGAAGAAAGCAGGGAGACCUAAGCUUUUGCAACCACAAGAUAAGGAAGUUUUUGCAUAUGGAAACAAAGAAGUUUCACAAGGAAUGCUGAAAAAAAGAAUUCAUGAGAAUCUACUAGAGAACAAUAGAGAUAAAAUUCAAAAGGUGGAAAAACCAGUUGCAAGGAGAAUACUUAUUUCUUUCAAAAAUAAGAAACCAGAGAAAUAUACUCUAUCUUUGGACACAAUGAUGUCAAAAGCUGAAUGCUCUAAAAAGCUAAACAGGGUGCCAAAAUGCCCAUCAAUGUUGAUUGAUGAUUAUGUAGAUCUUCACAAGUCAAAGGAAAUGGAUGCAACCAAGUCAAACAAUGGAGAAAAACCGGGCAGCAACAUUAACCGUAGCUCUAAUCAAAAUCAGCCAAAAAAAGGAACUCGACAAGAAAGUGUUCAAAAUCGUGCAAAAGUCAACGAAGAAGAUGCAAUCACAAAUAGAGAAGAAGAAAAAGAAACAUCCCAAAGAAAAACUCGUGGGAAAACUUUGUGCAAAAAGAUUCACGCAAGAACUUUGGAAGAGCGAUCAGGAAUUCCAGAUGAUAAUAAAAACCAUUUCUGGAGAUAUACUAAUCGGAAGUUUAUCUUGCCGGUUGAAGCACGAGAUUGGAUUGAGACCACUGUUAGAGAGGCAUGGAUAAGAUAUAAGCACAAAAUUAAGAAGAAGAAUUUUUUGAAUAAGGAAACUAUACAAGCAAUCAGUGAAAAUAAUACUAGAAAUAGAGCUCAACUAAAGUGGAUGCAUCGAAUGAGUCCCAAAAACUUUGAUUUGACUCGUGAAAAAGUGCGUGAAAAGGAAAAAAGAGAGCCCACUCAAUCAGAAAUGUUUGUUGAAACUCGAAAAGGAAAUAAAGGAAAGGAACUGGAUGUAGAAACUGGAAAAGUAAUUGAGUGUCCAGGCAGGGUACGCUGUUAUGGGAGAAACAUAACUAAAACUUCCUUAAAGAGAAAGGCAGAGAUUAAUGCUUUGAAACAAGCCCACAGUGAAGAGGUCUAUACAUUAAGGGACGAGUUUCAAGAUAAGAUUGAUAGAUUGCAAAAUGCUUUUAAGACCGUAAUACAACAAUGCAAUCCUCAAAUUAAUAUAGAGUCAAUUGAAGAUUUGUUAGGAUGA